GACCGGUCAUCGUCAGGAGGGUCCCGGUGGGUUGUUCUGUCUGCCGGCAGACAGGUAAAAAUGUUGGCCAUCCUGUGUGCGCUGCUUUUAUCCCCGUACAACCCGGCCGGCGCCGUUUUUCAGAAACUUUACUGCACCAUCUCCGACAGCUGCGACUGCGACUUUAAGCCGAGUGUCAGAGACUUAGAGUGGGACCUCUACAAGAAUGUCUACGGCCAACACCUGGCCCAGGACAUCGUGUCAGAGGAGGUGGCAAGGUUCCUUCAGGAAAAAAAACCCGAUCGGCCCCUGGUGCUGUCCUUCCAUGGCUCCAGUGGGACAGGAAAGACACUGGUCAGCUCCAUGCUGGGAAAUCAUCUGUACGGCUCGGCCAUGAGCAGCCCAUACGUCCACCAGUUGGUUCCCACGCUGCACUUUCCCUUACACCAGCACGUCAAUGAGUACAGGGAGGACUUGAGGAGCUGGGUGCAGGGGAACCUGACGGAGUGCGCUCGCUCUAUCUUCAUUUUUGACGAGAUGGAGAAGAUGCCUCCGGGCCUCAUCGAUGUCCUGGAACCCUUCCUGGGUCCCUCCCACGUUGUGUUUCGCACCAACUACCGCAAGGCCAUCUACAUCUUCAUCAGCACCGUAGGAGAGGAGGCGAUAAACAGACUGGCUCUGGAGAACCGGCGGGCUGGACAGGACAGGGAGGAGAUCAGGUUGGCCGACCUGCAGGAGGCCAUCGAACAGACAGUUUACAACAACAACACAAGCGGCUUCUUCCAGUCCAGGAUCAUCCAGCAGAAUCUGAUCACCCGCUUCGUUCCCUUCCUGCCGCUGAGCCGACGCCACGUCGAGCGCUGCGCCCGCUCGCAGCUCUGCCAGCGGGGCAGCUGUGCACGCAGCGACGUGGUGGAGGCAGUAGGGGGUGACAUGACCUACACUCCCGUCCAGGGUCAGUACUUCUCCACCACCGGCUGUAAGGCUGUCCCUGCCAAAAUCAACAUCUUCCUUUGAGCUGGGGGGGGGGGCUGUGUGUUGAUUUUUAUUUUUUAUUUUUUUUUUAUUACUUUUUAAAGACUGAAAGGGAAGAAACAGAGCUCUGAGUCUGUCUGAAUCAGUUUCUGCCACAUGGAGCUCAGAGGUCAGGGCAGCGUCUCUGGAGCAGAAAGACAUUCAGAGUCAAGGACGCCUCCUGCACUUGGAAUCAAAGGGAAUCGAACUCAUAUCCCUCUGGAUUCAAAGCACUUUUGUGCAUCCAGUGCUGAGUUUCCCCGAAGAUGACGUUGCUUUCGCAGUCGAUGCCCGUCCAUCUGUGAGCACAGGAGAGUUUCUUCCCUGAGCUUUGUUCAGCGUCUGACCCGGGAGUCAUGCCACACUCUACCUCGAACCCAACAGGACCUUUCAUUUAUGAACUUUAAUUUGGUACAGUGUGGUGUCAGAUUUCAAAGGCUGCAGCUGG